GCCAAUCAGAUUUCAGAUUUAUGUAACCGGAAGAGACAGGCGUAUGUAUUGUACAACCUGCUGAGGAGGAGCAAGGGAGUAAACCCAGUGUGGCUGCAAAACUUCAGAGUUUGUCGAUAUUUUUCACUUCGAAGAGGCGGUUUUUAACCAGCUACUCAUCAGUCAUGCUGAAGGCUAUGGGACAAGUGUUUUUCUCGACUGGGCUGCAGAAUCCAAAAUUCACAGCAGAGCAGAAAAAGGCUGAAGACUAUGAGGUCCGCACCUACCAUGCCACCAAGUGGGUGAGCACCACUCUGAGCGGGACGCAGUGGGACGCAGCCAUGAACACUGGCUUCCGCAGGCUCUUCAACUACAUUCAAGGCAACAAUCAAAACAAGGCGAAGGUGGAGAUGACGGCCCCCGUAACGUGCCGCGUGGACCCCGGAGCCGGCCCCGCAUGUGAGUCAAAGUUCACCGUAUCCUUCUACCUCCCAGAGGAGCAUCACGCCAGUCCACCUGAGCCCAGCGACCCGGAGGUGUUUGUCGAGGAGAGGAAGGAGCUCACAGCAUACGUCAGGACAUACGGCGGUUUCUCCAAUGAGAAUAUGAAGCGCGAAGAACUCCAGAAACUCAUAGAAAGCCUGAAGAGGGACGGCGUCCAGUACGUGGAAAAGCCGUACUACGCAGCCGGCUAUGACAGCCCCUUCAAGCUGACCAACCGCAGGAACGAGGUGUGGGUCCUCAAGAACGCAGAGGGGCAGUAGAAAAUUCAAAGGUCGCCUCCGUCCAAACUGCAGCUUAAAAGUACUUACUUAAAGUAACAAAGAUUUGAAUGUGUGUGGAAAAAGCUGAGGAAAAAGUGGCCACAGUUUGGCGAUAUUACCAGCAGGGGGUGCCAAGUAGACAGAAAAGCUUUUCUCAUCUUGUUACCAGGAAAACGAACAAGUGCCUUUUAAUUUUUUCAAUGACUGUCCCGUUGCUACACUAAUUUCAAUUUUUUUGCGCACAUUGUUAACUACUACAUAUCGUGUGAUUCUUAAUUUGUUUUUGAGUUGACUAAUGUGACAACUAAAUAUUUGUUUACACACAAAUCUGAAUAUGGUAAGAUCACACCUGUCAGACGUGGCAGCACAGGUAGGGUUCACAUUUUAUUUGCCCGAGUUGGUCUUGAAAGGGAAUACAGAUUUAAUGCAACUGCACACGCUUGAAAAUGUGAAUCAUCUGUCGGGACAGACAGGCCAGUUACUGAUCAAAAGAUGCGAGACAGAAUCCAGUUUUUAUUCUGGGCGAAAGUAAAAUAAACUGAGGGAAUUUAUCACUGAGAGUGCAGAAGCGGAUAUUGAAUCAUGUUGAUAAUUCUUGGUGUCCAUGCAUUGUUUUAACAUCAAUACAGAGUUACUGCAUCACAGUUGUUUGACUCCUUUAGAGUCAAGUUUCACGUUACGUCCACGUCCGUCCAGAUUAUGUGAUUUAUGUUGUAAAGACAUGAGGGAGGAGGGAACUUCAAUUUGACACUAAAUUUGUGCAUUUUUCAGUUAUGGCUAAAGAUUUUUUGAGGAUCCACGUCAGGCCAAGUGAACGUUGGUUUCCUGAGAUACAUCUCGACAUAUUUGACCCAUUUUUCAAUAUGUAAAUUGGUCAAGAUGUUCACAAAUGGUGCUGAAUUGACACACGUGCUACAGGAGUGAAAAGUGCGAACCUGUCACUUUACGUGUCGUGGGUCAGCUUCUACGCCUGACAGCGGCUUUAUUUUUCCUGCCAGUCAGUGUGCGGUGACUCUGCUCGGUGAGUCUGACAAACGCUCAUCUGAUCUCGCACCUCACUCAAUGCCAGCGCUAACGCAUCUUUUAUGACAAACGGCUGAGUCACGGAAAAUCUGGACCCGUCACAUCCCCGAAGUCUCGUCGUCCAUCACUUUAGAUCGCAGCAAACGAUGAAUUAUCGAGUGUGUGGUUACCUGGCUGGGUAGCGUGACUCCGGUAUUUUUGGAGCCUGGUGGGUGUGAGCGUGUUAUCAACAUUGUGCCUUUUUGAAGGCUGUUUUUCUCCUUUUUAUAUGUGCACUCAUAUUAAUGUGUUUAUAAUGUUACUGUUUAUAAUAAUAAGGGAAUCAUGGCAUAAGCACUGCACAUAUUAACCUCGUAAUGAUGUUAAUGAAUGUAAAACUUAUCAAUAAUAAAAAUACACAUCAUCAUGAA